GAAACGGAAACUGGCUUGUCCACGAAAUUGAGAAAAGCUGCGAUAGGUGAUGCUUGGACGAAUAAAUAAUCAAAUAACCUAACAGAAAUACUAAGGAACUGUUUUCAGUUGCUUAAUUUUUUAUAGCGCUGUCGACUGGAGAUCCACAACAAUGUCUGCCCAAGCUCAAAUGAGAGCUUUGCUCGACCAGCUAAUGGGAACAGCGAGGGAUGGUUCAGUGUAUCUUUGCCAGCCUACAUCAAUCUGCAAAGGAGUUGCAGAAAAGCCUCAUGUUCAUCGAGCCGUGAGUCACACAUAAUUUUUAAAGCUGUUAUGAUGAAUAUCCAAACAAUUUGUUUGCCUUCCGGAAGUUAUUGUAGACUUUUUGUAAUCACACAAAUGGGUAUAUCUCUCAAUGGCAAUAGAAUUACGAUUUGGAGUAGUGUUAUGCAGCUUGAGCUAAGACGUCUGGUCGCGCUGAAUCCAAACGAGCACUUUUCCAUUAGACGUCUCUUUUCAGAAGGCAAUUUUAGAAGUCAUCGAAACAAAAACUUUGCACACAUCAUUUACAAUCUGACUUGUGUAUGACUCCCAACUUCUUACUACAGGUAUGGGCAAGAAAACUGUUCCCAUUUAUACUUUUCUACAGCGGGUUUAAAAUUCUGCUGCUGAGGUCUUGAAGAUGCAGAAGGGUACAGUAUGUGGUGCAGAUCGCAGUGUGUAUAAACUAAUUUCUUUUCUUGGAUUUGUUUUGUAUUUUUGUUUCGAAUUUCUUUUCAAUGUUUCAUAUUUGUAAAAGGCUUGGCUGGAACAUUUUGUCUGAAAUGUUUACAUUUCUUACCACAUAGCAGUCUUUCUUGCAUAGUCAAAUGUAUUGAAAUGUAAUGAGCACUUUUGAAAAUGCAGGUAGCUUUGUUCACACUAGUUGAUUGAAACUACAGACUAUAGUUAUUUGCCAGUAUUGUGCCCCUAUUAGCCUUAUCUCAUAAUGCUCCACCUUUCCACAUUGAACAUUGAGCCUUAUCACAUGUUAAACUGGGUUGAGGCUCUAACGUUGGCAUAUUUUUUUUAUUGAGACUUGGGUAAGGUAAGCAGCAGUAAUAAAAGGAAUAUACACACACACACACAUGCAACUUUUACCUCUUCAGUCUUGACACAUAUAUAGAUAAUAAACAUAGUCUAGCAAAGGCACAGUUACUCUAUUACUGGUCAAUAUGUUACACUAAUGAAUUAGAUGCAAAACUCUGACAGAAACAUAAGUAUUGGUUUUCACCCAUGUAGGUGGGCACAGAAUGCAGUCAUAAUGACACAUAUCUGCCCAGUGAAUGUUGUGCAUUUACAGUAAUGUAUAUUAAAGCACUGGAUUCCUCGCCCCUGCUAACAAGUAUGUGAGGUCUUUCUCACUGGUUGUUUUUUUGACUGUUUCAGGGGAUGAGACGCGACAGAGGGUCAAGUUCACUGACGAACGAGUCUGCAAAAGUCAUCUUCUAAACUGCUGUCCACAUGACAUCCUGUCUGGAACUCGUAUGGACUUGGGAGAGUGCACAAAGAUCCAUGACCUGGCACUUCGGGCAGAUUAUGAAAUUGCCUCCAAGGAGAGAGAUCUGUUCUUCGAGCUUGACGCGGUGGAUCACCUGGAGUCAUUCAUUGCAGACUGUGACCGGAGGACAGAACUAGCCAAGAAACGCCUGGCUGAGACCCAAGAAGAGAUCAGUGCUGAGGUGGCAGCAAAGGCAGAGAAGGUUCAUGAGCUGAAUGAGGAAAUCGGGAAACUCCUGGCCAAGGCUGAGCAGCUCGGAGCCGAGGGUAACGUGGAUGAGGCCCAGAAGGUCCUGCAGGAAGUGGAGAAGGUCCGCACUAGAAAGAAGGAUGCAGAGGAAGAGUACAGAAACUCCAUGCCAGCUUCCAGCUUCCAGCAGCAGAAGCUUCGUGUGUGCGAGGUGUGCUCUGCUUACCUGGGUCUCCAUGACAAUGAUCGUCGUUUGGCCGACCAUUUUGGUGGGAAGCUUCAUUUGGGCUUCAUCCAGAUCAGAGAGAAACUGGACCAACUAAAGAAAACUGUGGUCGACAAGCAGGAGAAAAGGAACCAGGAGCGCUUAAAGAGACGAGAGGAGAGGGAGAAAGAGGAAAGGAUGAGGAAGAGGACCAGAUCACGGAGCAGAGAGCAUAGAAGGUCCCGUUCUCGUGACCGCAGGAGGAGACGCUCACGCUCCUCAUCACGAGACAGGCGCCGCUCGCGCUCACGCUCCAGGGAGAGGAGGAGGAGGCACCGCAGCCGAUCCCGCUCUCGCAGCCGAGGACACCGCCACAGCCACGAGCAGAGCUCCAAACACAAGUCGUCCAGGGACCGAGAGCGCUCAUCCAGAGACAGGUCAAGGGAGCGAGACCGGCGGGACGGCAUGAACGGCAGGUCGGACUCCCGCCGGGCAGACGACAGGGACAUGGGGGACUUCUGAAGACCAAACUCCCCCUCUAUCACGACACACGACCUCCUCCUGUCUCUCUCACCAGCCUGUCCAUUAAUAACAACCUAAUGUGACACAGUCCUUGCCUUGACCCUUUUGUUCUCCCGCCUGCCUCCUUUCUUUGCUUUAACAGUUAAUGCAGCUGACCCAGAGUGUAUCCGAAAUAUUGUAUGGGUUCAAUUUUCUAGCAUCCGGGUAUAUGGAAGAUUGCACUGGAUGGGGGUGAUUAGUUAUUGAUCAGUAGUGGAUUGUAUUGUAAUACCCACAUCUGUAAUUUGGUGGCUGUCUCUAUCCUAUACAUGUCAUAUCUUUGUUAUAAACUACCCUCCAAUGGCUCCCACAGAAAAAAUAAACCUAUACUGAUGGUCUGCUGGACUGAAGCGUGAAAUGUAAACUGAUGCAUAGUCUUUUAUCUUUUAACUGAUGGUUGUUUGAUACAGAAUCUGUCUGUAAAUAUGUUUUGGGCCUAUUGAUUGUCAUGGUCUGAGAAGCCUCAUCCUCUUGUUUUUUUUGUUUUGUAUGAUUUCCCUCUGAAGAUAUUUCUCCUGGUAAACAACUUGUGUUAUACAGCUGGGGUGCAGUUGUUGAAUGUCCAUAUAUGCUUAGUUUGCUGAAGCCCAGUUAAAGAUUUAGGAACCCAAUUCAAAACCAGAAGGUUUUAAAAUUGCGAGUAUUCGUAUCAGCCUUGUUUCUCCCCUUGUCCACUUUUUCCCCCAUUAAAAUAAUCGAGUUUUAUUUCAUGUUGUUGGUAGUGAAGGGAAUGUUUUUGAUCGAGAGUUUGGCCAGUAUGAGUAAAUGCUUGUUUUGAAGUCUCUUGUUUCAAAAUUUGUUUCCAUCUGGAUUUCUUUGAUUGAAAAUAAAUGGUAACUUUAAAGUUAUUGUCGGCAUGUGAAGCAGUAGGUUCAGAAAUGAUACAUUGGAAAUGCUGUAACUGUACAUACCGUUUAUUAGUCAAGUCAUAAAAUUGACACUUUGGCCCACUCAAGACAAAUUCCUUUGUGAAUAGAUUUAUAAUGGCAAACAGAUUUCAAAGGACGCAUCGCUUUAACCUUAUGUGUGAAGUCAUAUCGGUUUAUGUUCUGCUGGAAAUCUUUCUUUAAAGUCUCAAUUAAAAAAAAGUUCCACCAUUUUAAUCUU